AUGGAAGGCAAGCAAUCGAAACGACCUAGGCACACUAAGUCGUCGGCCCGUCAUCGUAGGUCUCCAUCAUCACUGCCUCUGCCUCCACCCGAUCCGACACAUGGUGGUGUGGGGUUGUUGCAGGUCCACAAGCUCAGCUUUAAAGUCCAAACAACUGAGUUCUUCUCCUCACUCUAUUUGGACCACGGUGUCCUAAAUUUUCGGCUCAUGAACCAUGAUUAUGCCCUGUACCUAAACCAAAUCAAUGCCAUUGUUGGGGCCCCAACAGAAAACACUUUUGGCCCCAAUGACCCGAUUCCAGGAUACAGUGAUCUUACGUGGUGGGCUGACCUUACGCAUGAACAUCCAUAUGUCUCAAGUUCUGCUAAAGCCUCAUCUCUCAUCCAUCAUGUGAUGAAAGCGGCUCAUCGGAUUAUUGCUUUGCUCGUCGUACCUAGAGAAGAGCGAAGCACCAUUUGCGCUUUUAAACUAAAGAUACCUUAUGCUAUGGCCCACCCCGGAUGA